AUGCUUUGCAAUGCCUGCUUGGAAAUUCUACGGAUAGUCCGCCGGCCGGGCGUCUAUGAAAGCAUCCCCCACCAGCCUUCCGUUGAUGCACUCUGCGCGUCAGCUCUCGGAGGAUGCCAGAUCUGCUGGCAGCUACGCAACAUUUUAAAGCACAGUGCUACGUCCGCAAACUAUAUAUCCGCUCUAAACCUUGGCGAUCACGUUACUGUUUGUAGCUCUGAUACAUCUUCCGCUCGCACAAAACACGCCUUUGAUCUUUCUUUCAACGUGCGUCGCUCUGAAUCCGUCAUUUUCAAUUUAGAGGUAUAUACAGUCAGCGACUACGUCCCCGAAACAUCAACGAAUUCAGCAUCUAGCUGGGCUCUUAUCGAGCGUUGGACAGCGAACUGUAUCCUCGAGCAUCCCAAAUGCAAGCAAUCAGGCCAAGCCACAUGGGUGCCGACUCGCCUCCUUGAUUUAGGACUACCAGACAGUAAUACGAAUCCACGGCUCAUAAUAUCGACUUCUGCACUGGAAGGGAUACCGUACGCUACACUCAGCCAUUGCUGGGGAAAAUCUGCCAUUCUACGACUUCUUGCGUCUAAUUUAAAAGACUUGUGUGAUGAGAUUCCUCUUCAAACUCUGCCUAAAACCUUCCGCGAUGCCAUUGCUGUCACUAAACGCGCUGGUAUCAGAUACCUCUGGAUCGAUAGCCUGGCAAUCAUCCAAAAUUCCGCUGCCGACUGGAAACGCGAAGCUGCCCUUAUGGGGAAAGUCUACAAGUACUCCCGCGUCAACAUCGCUGCCACUGGCGCCGUCGAUAGCACCGAGGGGUGCUUCUUUACGCGCGACCCUCGCCUGAUCCCGCCUUCACAAGUCACUAUCAAAUGGGACGAUUGGGACGGCAUCAUAGAGGAAACUUACACAGUCCUGCCUGGCCAAAAAAUCUGGCAAACACAACUCAAUGACGUUCCACUAAGCCGCCGCGCGUGGUUUCUGCAAGAGCGCCUCCUCUCCCCUCGCGUCGUGCACUUCACAAAGACUCAAAUAUUCUGGGAAUGUCACACCAUGAGCGCUUGCGAGAGUUUUCCGAUUGCUCUCCCGAAGACCCUCCGACACAAUCGUGUCAAUCAGCUGAAGAGCUUAGCUCUAGGCGCAACUGCAUCUGCGAUAUUGCCAGAAACAUUAUCGAAAGUGGUCAAUGGGGAGUUCAUAGGAAAGUUCAAGAUGGUCAAACCGCUUUAUGCGCACUGGAACUCACUCGUCGAACUGUAUUCGCUCGGUGGUCUGACGGUUCUUCGCGAUAAGCUUCCUGCGCUUUCGGGCGUAGCAGACGAGAUGCGUCACCUUUUGCUAGAGGAAGAUUAUGCUGCCGGUUUAUGGCGCAAAUCUCUACCUAGAAGUCUUCUUUGGAUACCGAAGAUUCACCCUGGUGAGAACAAAUGCUACCGGCCGCGUGAGUACCGCGCGCCGUCGUGGUCAUGGGCAAGUAUCGAAGGUCCGGUGUCAUUCGCAUGGUGCUCCAAGACCGUGUUUCCGUCUCAAUCGUAUGGGCUCGUAGCGGUUCUCCGAGUCUACGUCGACAUCACCAAAGGGCGUGAGACGGGCGAGGUCAGCGGUGGUUAUGUUCGGAUGAAUGUACCCGUAGUUGAUGCUACCUGGGACCUACAAGCUGAAACCGGAGUCUCAGGUCUUACUACAGUGACUAUUCGUGACCGUGUCGGACGGAACAGACAAUUCCUUCUACCGGAGUCGUCUGGAGAGGACGCCCUGCUCUUCGAUGAGGAUAUCGUGCAACGGCCCCCUCCGCGGGAGCUGGCAUUGGCAGCACUGUUCUAUACUACGGAUCAUCAGCAGGUAGAGGGCAAAGUGGCUACAGCCAAUAACUCUUGUCCAUACGGAUUAGUGCUGGAAAGCACGGAAAGUGGGAAGUAUCGCCGCAUAGGAGUCUUCCUGAGCAGCCAGGAUAGACUGCAGAGAGCCUUCAGGAAACUCACACCGCGGUGGGUCACAAUCAUCUAA